GUUCCAGAAGAAUUGGCGAUUUUAAACAAAGGAUUUUCACAACUGAAAACGUCGUUUUCAUCGUCGCAGAAUCCAUGUCUGUCUGGAAUGAGCCCACUUGAUGCCAGUAAAGACUUUACGGUCGAUGGUAUAAAUGGUUUUAAUAAAAAGAAAAAGAAGAAGCGAAGACAUAGCAGGACUAUUUUCACUUCGUUUCAGUUGGACGAGCUGGAAAAGGCGUUCAAGGAAGCACAUUACCCAGACGUGUAUGCCAGAGAAAUGCUAUCGUUGAAGACUGAUUUACCAGAGGAUAGGAUACAGGUGUGGUUCCAAAAUCGUCGUGCAAAAUGGCGCAAAACAGAAAAAUGUUGGGGCCGGAGUACUAUUAUGGCAGAGUAUGGAUUAUAUGGAGCCAUGGUCAGGCAUUCAUUACCUUUACCAGAAACGAUAUUAAAGAGUGCAAAGGAAAACGAAUCUGUAGCUCCAUGGUUAUUAGGUAUGCACCGAAAAUCAAUCGAAGCAGCAGAACAUCUAAAAGAUGAUCCUGGAUCUGGAGCCCCUGGGGGCGGUGGAAGUGGAGGUGCUGGAAGUGAUCGUGAAGAUAGUGCAUCUGUGAGGACGGACGAUGCAAGUGAUACCAGCGGAGGCUCCGUUCGACAACAGCAAACACAUCCACAAAACCAAACAGAUGACCAUUUUAAAAAUACCAGUGCAAUCCGAACACGGAGAGAUGGUACCCCAAACGAUGCAUCACCGAGAACGAGUCCCGGGCCACAUAAUAUGUCUCCUAACAAUAUGAAUCAUAAAAGGAACAAUAAUUUGGUCGUAUCAGAAGACCAACACGGUUUUGGAGGUGUGUCACCGGAUGAUCCAGAAGCGUUCAGGCAUUUUUUCUACAGGAAUAACUCGAUAGCCUGCCUACGAGCCAAAGCGCAAGAACACCAAGCGCGGCUGCUCGGAGGCGGACUACUGCUCCAGGUGCGGUCAUUAGCUGGCAUGCAGGCGGGACUACCCGACGACAAUGCGAAUAGCAUUGCGAAUCCUAACAGAAUGGACAGGCCUGGUGUUGAAACAUUAUUUUAA